AUGUCACUCACCAUCUUUCAUUUGAAUAAGGAAAACGCGAAAUCUUCAAGUGAACGAAUGAUUAUGAAAUGUACAAAUGUUAUUCAACAAGACAAUAAAGAUUCUGAUGACGAUAAUCAAGACACGACUGAAAUGUUGAUCAAGAAUGAACCAAAUGAUCAUCAGCAUAGCAUGUACGAUCGUUCUGAUAGGAUUAGUAGUGGUCCAGUAUCAACCAAUGCUUCGAAUUCGAGUGAAACGAGUGAAUGUGAAAAUCGACUUUAUACAUGUGAUGAUUGUGGGAAAAGUUUCCAAACAUCAUCAGGCUUGAAACAACACAGAAAUAUCCAUUCGAGUGUCAAACCAUGGAAAUGUGAAUUUUGUACAAAAUCGUAUACACAAUUUUCGAAUCUGUGUCGUCAUAAACGCUCUCAUAGCAAUGCUCGAACACAAGUAGAAUGCAAAGGCUGUGGUCAAUCAUUUCAAAAUCAUGUUGCAUUAAAUAAACAUAGAAGCUCAUGUAAGGAACGGCAUAUCUCAUCAACAAUAGUCCCAUCUACUUUCGCUGCGUUACUUCCGUUUAUUGAUGCUUCAUCAAUAUUAAAUCGAACAAAGACAGUUGAAACAUCUUCGUCGCCAAAUGAACCAAUUGAUUUGACCAAAUCGUAUAAACGAGCAAGAGAAUUAGUGGAUGACCAACCAAUUGAUUAUUCAGUCAUUCACAAACGAAACGAUUUCGAUGCUCAACACAGUUCACACGUAUUUGGUAAUGAGAAACCAGAGAAAAAAUUGAAGAAAGAAGAAGAAAAUUAUUACGAACAACAAAUCAAUGAUGAGGAUGGCGCUGAUGAUGAUGAUGAUGAUGACGAUGAUAACUCCAUCUCAUCAGAAAACAAAAAACUGAAAGGAUUUAGUGAUCAUCGACCAUUAACACCGGUAUCAUCAUCAUCAAGUCCUCAAACAAUAUCUUCAUUGGAGAAAAAAGCAUUUUUAUCAACAAAUGAUGCCACCAUCAUUCGAAGUAGAGAUCGAUACUCCUGUUCCUAUUGUGCCAAAACAUUCCCACGUAGUGCCAAUCUGACUCGACAUCUUCGAACUCAUACAGGAGAACAACCGUAUGUGUGCAAGUUCUGCAAUCGAAGUUUCUCGAUUUCAUCAAAUCUUCAACGGCAUAUUCGAAAUAUUCAUAAACGCGAACGACCAUUUCGUUGUAUGCAUUGUGAUAAAUGUUUCGGUCAACAAACAAAUCUCGAUCGACAUAUGAAAAAACAUUUGUCACAAUCUUCACCAUCAUCAUCAUUGUUAGCUCAAUACGAACGAAAUGCAACAAGUUCAUCAUCAACACAAGUUCCAUUUCUCUCCUCAAUGUCAUUAGCUUCGUUCAAUCCGAAUCCAAACGAGAAUUUACCACAAAACUCCACCGAUGACGACGAAUCAAGUGAAUUAUCUGAAGAGGACGAAGAUGACGAAGAAAUUGACGUUGAAGAAGAUGAUGAUGAUCUCGAAACAAAUUCAUUAUCAAUCGAAGACGCAGAUGAUAUCGGUCAACAACAUGCAACGUCAUCUUCAACGUGA